AUGGCAUUAAUGUGCAACUCUGUUUCUUUUUUCUUUACUUUUCUACUUCUGAGUCACUGUUCGAGUCGAGUUGAUUCUGAGCCGGUGCAAGACAAGCAAGCCCUCCUUGCUUUUAUUUCACAACUUCAACACGCUAAUCGUCUCCGAUGGAACCAAUCGGAUUCCGCUUGUAACUGGCUCGGCGUAGUCUGCGACGUAACUAAAUCCUCUGUUUACCAACUUCGCUUACAUGGCCUCGGUUUUGUUGGUCAUAUCCCCCGUAACACACUCGGCAAAUUAACUCAGCUCCGAGUCUUGAGUCUCCGCUCGAAUCGUCUUUCCGGUCACAUCCCUUCUGAUUUCUCUAACUUAGCUUUCCUCCGUAGCCUGCACCUUCAAGACAACCGGUUUUCCGGCGAGUUCCCGCCGAGUUUGCUUCUUAUAACUCGGUUAACUCGGCUUGACCUUUCGUCGAAUAGUUUCAGUAAUUCGAUUCCAUUUGCUAUCAAUAAUUUGACUCACUUAUCUCGCCUUUAUUUACAGAACAACAAUUUCUCCGGUACAUUACCCAUAAUUAAUCUAUCCAAUUUAGUCGAAUUUAACGUGUCCAGUAACAAUUUAAACGGUUUAAUUCCUUCAACACUAGCUAGAUUCAAAGCAGAUUCUUUCACCGGUAAUCUAAAUCUGCACGGCAAUCCAGUGGUACCGUAUUUUCCAUCUCCAUCUCCGUCAGCAAAAACCCACGACAAUCCAAUUGUGCCAUAUUUUCCAUUUUACUAUAUUCCAUCUCCUUCUCCGUCAGCAGAAACCCACGACAAUCCAGUGGUACUGUAUUUUCCAUCUCCAUCUCCGUCAGCAGAAACCCACGACAAUCCAGUGGUGUCGUAUUUUCCAUCUCCAUCUCCGUCAGCAGAAACCCACGACAAUCCAAUUGUGCCAUAUUUUCCAUUUUACUAUAUUCCAUCUCCUUCUCCGUCAGCAGAAACCCACGACAAUCCAGUGGUGCCGUAUUUCCCAUUUUACUUUCCAUCUCCAUCUCCAUCAGUAGAAACCCACAGCAAUCCGGUGGUGCCGUAUUUCCCAUAUUACUUUCCAUCUCCAUCUCCAUCAGCAGAAACCCCACCACCUGUCAUGUGGUAA